AGAUACCGAAUAAACUCAUAAAUUAAAGCUGUCGGUCUACAAUAGCAGCAAAUAUGAAACCGAAUCGGAUUUACACCACGGAUGUUAUCUUUUACCAGCAUUUGUUGUGAAGUUGCUACAUUUAGCAGGGCUAGUGUCGUGAAUAUGAAAAAUGUAACAAAGUUUUGUGAAAGGUUCAAAUUCCUGACCACGUCAACUYGUCGGUUGUGUUUCUAACAGGAGGAGUCUGUUUGGACACAGACACAGAAAAAGACAAAUUAUUUGAUAUUGUUCCAGAUAUCAUCAUUAAGAAGUCGACACAGUGAUGCUUGUUUUCCUCUGAYACAAAAUGGACUCAGACUUCUUCUCUGUGGAUCAAUCAGCUCCUGCACUGAGUCAUUUGGACCCUGUUAAAAGAGCUUCAGAGGAUGAAGAAGCUCCGUCAACGUCAGAAGCAGAGRAUCUCGAUUCCUUCAACCUGAUCGAGCCCCCUCCUCUGGACUGGAGGUCGGACUCUUCUAGUGAAGUCGGGUCUGCAGAAGUUCUGGAUGAUCCGAACCUGGGCUUGACCGGUCUGGGAGGACCGGUGACGCCGCCUUUGGCUGUGAGAGACGCGUUGAUUCAGCUCGACACAAACCAGGUGCUUCUGGAGAACGAAGCAGAGCCAGAAGUACAACCUAAAGAGGACAAUGGAGUCGGGUUAGGAGAUAAAGAAGAAGCCGAUGAGAAGAAAGUCUGUAAAGAAGAAGUUGAGGUUUCAAACAGGAGGCCAGGCGAUGAAGAUCACAGCCGUAUUCACAGCUUACUCUCACAGCUCCAGCUAAUGGAGAAAGAGCCUCAUCCCGGUCACCAGAUGCCGGAGCAGGAAGCUCGUGCUCCGUGUGCGUUAACGGACAACAGAACUGGAACCACGGGCCUGCUGUUCUCUGACAGCCACCACAGAGACCUGCUGGGACUGCUGCAGUGCACAGAGAUCUCCUCCACCUCCGAUCCCUCCUGCCUGCCGCACAGAGGCCAGGUGGACGCCGUUGUGUCGGUCUCCUACAGUCAGGAGGACGCUCRGGUGUUCUGGGGACAAAACGGUCGGCGGCAGAGAGACGACUCCAUCGCCUCUCUGCCUGACGAGGAGUAUCCUGAGCCUGUGUGGAUGAAGCUGGGAGAGGAGCCGCCGGAGGACGACKCUGCUGCAGAAAGUGAUCAGGCAGCUGAUGAUGAACCGUCAUAUAAAAACGUGCCGGGGCCUUGUGACCCUGAAGACCUGUUGGACGGAGUUAUAUUCGGUGCGAAUUAUCUGGGCUCCACUCAGAUCAAAUCAGACAGAAACCCUUCGACAAGCGCUCGCAUGACACAGGCUCAGGAGGCCGUUGACAGAAUUAAGGAAGCCAUGAUGGAUCACGCUCUGCAGACCAUCUCUUACAUAGCAGACAUUGGCAACAUCGUGGUCCUGAUGGCCCGCAGGAAACAGAAAGGGCAGGAAGCUGACGCUGCCUGUAACGCUUCCUCUUUAUCAUCCUCAGCGUCUCAGAAGAAGUGCAAAAUGAUCUGCCACGUCUUCUGCUCUGAGGAUGCUCAGAUCAUAGCUCAGGCCAUUGGUCAGGCAUUUGGAGUCGCAUAUCAGCAGUUCCUUCAGACAAACGGCAUCAAGGCCAAAGAUCUGAAGCCGGGCGAGUACAGCGAGUACCUGGAAAGUCAGGAGCUCUACAAUGGAGACCUGGCCCACUUUUCAGACUCCCAGAACCUCCGAGAUAUAGCCAUCACCAAGGCUCCUGGAGAUAUCCUGGGCCUGGCGGUGGUGGAGUCGGGGUGGGGUUCCAUCCUCCCCACCGUGGUGGUAGCCAACCUCCUCCACGGCGGCCCAGCCGAGCGCUGCGGCGAGCUCAGCAUCGGCGACCGCAUCAUGUCUGUCAACGGCACCAGCUUGGUGGGUCUGCCUAUCACCACCUGCCAGAACAUCAUACGGGACCUGAAAAGUCAAAAGUAUGUGAAGCUCAGCAUUGUCCACUGUCCUCCGGUYACCAUGGCCAUCAUCAGACGACCUGAUCCCAAGUUUCAGCUGGGCUUCAGCGUUGAGGAYGGCAUAAUUUGCAGUCUGAUGAGAGGCGGGAUCGCAGAAAGAGGAGGAAUCCGGGUCGGGCACCGGAUCAUUGAGAUCAAUGGGCAGAGUGUCGUUGCCACUCCACACGAUAAGAUCAUCCAGAUCCUCACUAACGCUGUUGGAGAGAUUCACUUGAAGACCAUGCCAGCCUCCACGUAUCGACUCCUGACAGGACAAGAGCAGCCGGUGUUUCUUUGAUCACUUCCUUCUUCAUUGUGACGUUAAACCUGCACAGAGUUCAAGCUGCAUAAGCUUUUGCCAAACUCCUCAAAAAAUAUGCAAUUUUUUUUUUUAUCACAGUUGUCACUGCUAUACUUUAUUAUGAGACUGUUUUUUUUAUAUAAUGUUUAAAGCACACUGGAAUAAAAGAACAUACUUAAAAUAGCAGGAAAAGAUGGGUAGUUUUCCAGUUUAUUUAUUAGAUAUUUUAAAACAUUACCAAAUGGAACAUGUUUUUAGUAAGCAAUGUUGAUUGAAGUGCAGCCUAUCAGUCUUCCAGCCUUAUAUGUUCUUCCUGUUUGAGAUAAACAUUUUUGAAGUGGUGACUUGUUUGAAUCAAGAUUGGGUUUGUGUGCUUCGUUGUAAAGAACUUGGUGUCCAUCAUGUCCUCAUACAUAUCAGCACAUGCCUAUCAGAAACUUCAGAGAGUGCUCUGUCUCAUUCAUGCUGUUUUACUAACUGUGCUUGAUGCUGUGCUGAUAUGCACUGCCUUAUAUGAUAAAGUUGAUAUUUUUAACUGUAUUUGUUUACACGAAUGCUCAUUAAAAAUAUCUAUAUUAAA